CCGCGCAAAUCCUUGGUUCUGGAUGGCGGAUUCGGUCAGCUCAUAGCGGACAAGUAUCGCACUUAGACAUGUCCGACGGCCUUUGGGCGUCUGGGGUGGCAGUGCGGUGCCCUGAUGUAAUCCGCCACGUGCACCUCAUGUAUUUGAGAGCCGGCGCCGACAUUAUUUCCACCGCCACCUACCAGGCGUCUGCGAACGGCUACAUCUCGGCAGGACUGGCGGAGACAAAGCUGGGGCCAAGCGCCUAAUGGAAUCGACGCUUUUUCUGGCUGUCGAGGCGCGAGACCAGUAUAUGCGAGAGCAUGGGUGUGCGACGAGGCUUGGGCGGCCGAUGAUUUCCGCCUCUCUGG